UCUCUCAGUCAGCUGUCUCCACCGCGGCUCGCACGGUUUGUCCCUUCGCGGUCUCCGUACUCAGUUAACAACAAUCAUGGCGGCCUCAAUGUCACUUGUCGGCCUGGGACGUUUAGCCGUGGUCAAUGCAGCGUAUAAAUUGGCCCUGAAUCCUAUCAGGUCUGCAAGCACAUCAACAUCAAGACUGGCAGGGAAGCCUGGACAAGACACGCAACUUAUUACUGUUGAUGAGAAACUGGACAUCACCAGUGUGAGCGGAGUACCAGAGGAGCACAUCAAAACACGCAAGGUCCACAUCUUUGUGGCGGCCAAAACAGCCAUGCAGUCCGGAGUGAACGGCACCAAGAAGUGGAAGAUGGACUUUGACACCAGGGAGCGCUGGGAGAACCCGCUGAUGGGCUGGGCCUCAACGGCUGAUCCCUUAUCCAACAUGGUGCUCUCCUUCUGCUCCAAGGAAGAUGCUGUCGCUUUUGCUGAGAAAAACGGUUGGAGCUACGACAUCUCAGAGAAGAGGACUUCAAAGCCCCGGGUGAAGUCCUACGGCGCAAACUUCUCCUGGGACAAGAGGACCAGGAGGUCCGCUAAAUGAACGGAGGACCGCCGUCUGUUAGCGGGACGAUCCGCAGUUUGUCAAUAAAUGCAUUAUUACGUAA